GUGGAAGGUCGAGAAACGCACGUUCUCUCUCUCCUUUUCUUUGAGUUUAGUAACUGUGUAGGGCUAUAUAAAUUACAUAAUCAUCUUAAAAUGAAGAAGAAUUCUUAAACAGCGUUAGAAAGUAUAUGAAUAACCUCCACAGCAAAUAGUUAGUGUGGUUUGCAAUUCCUGUUAAUAUACGUGAACCACACAAAGUUCAUGACAGCUAAAAAAUAAUCAUAUAUAAAGUACACAUUAACUACAUAAACUAUGAGUGCGGCUGUGGACCCCCAAGUGAUCAAGAAAACCCAAGAAGAACUAGGAAAAUAUGUUAAAAAACCUCCUCUCACGGAAAAGUUGCUGAAUAAACCUCCUUUUAGGUUCCUUCACGACGUUAUCAAUGUUAUUGUGACAGAGACUGGUUUCCUUGCUGGCUUGUACACAGACGAGGAACUUAGUUCUGAAAACAUCAAAGACAAAGAUGCUAAAAUAGCCUUCCUUCAAAAGUGUAUAGAUGCAACAAGUUUUGCAACAGGAGAAACGAUUACAGUGCGGCCUAGCAAGAUUGUGGCCGGCCAUGAGGCGGACAAAACCAAUGCUUGGUUACAGGCUCUUGCGAAGGCGAUAUCACAAAAUGUUGACUCAUCCCAGGCAGUAGAACAGGUGCUUAGCGGAGCCAAGGCAGAAAAACCCAAAAAAGCGGAUAAGAAAUCAGACAAGAAGUCCGACAAAGAGAAAUCUGACAGGAAGUCGGAUAAGUCUAAAAAGGAGGUAGCGCCAAACAAUCGCAGUCUCAAAGACAAAGACCCUAAACCAACCAGAAAUCCCAAACCAACCACCAAAGACCCCAAAAGCACCAAAGACCCCAAAACUCCCGCUGCUCGGGCCCCCAAAGCAAGCAAAGCCCCCGUGCCUAGCAAAGGCCAAAGAAAUGCCCCCAAUGGCCAGGCAGCAAAGCCCUCUCAAGACAGUGGCUCUCCGUCUAAGAGCUCCAGAAGCAAAGAUGACAAGGAGAAAUCCAGUAGAAAGAGCAAGGAUGAUAAAGAUGAGGCAAAGAAGAGCAGCAAGAGCAGUAAAGAGAAGAGUAGCAAGGAGGAGAAGGACGAUAAAAGUAAAAGGAAGUCGAAAAGUGGAGAGGGAUCACCGGAGAAAGCAAAGUCCUCGAAGUCCAGAGCAUCAAGCAGAAUGGGCAGUGUGAAGGAGCUGGAAAAGGAGAACUCUCCGCCACUCGAGAAAGCAGCGGACGAGGAGAUCAUUCCCAACGGACAUGUGGAGGAGGAGCAGGUGAAUCCUCCCCCAAGGCUAAAAUCGGCACGGCCACCGAGCGCACGCCCAAGCCUACGCAAUGCAGCUGAUGACAGUGCCAACAUGUCUGCAGGACCAGAGUCUCUCCUGCAAGUUGAUGGUACUAUUCAGCCUACAGAAGAGCCACCUAUUAUACCUGUGGGGGAGAACAAUAACAUUGAUCCUGCAAUUCUCAAGGCAAUGGGAGAUCCUAAUAAUGACCCCAUGGCAAAUAUGGGUGAGGGACAGCUGACAGCCGAGGCACCAGACUCAGGCGUUGGUUCCUUAGAGUCGCCAAAACAUGGGCCAAAGGAGGCUGAACCCCCAGAUAGGCUUCCUUCCGCCAGGCCAGGACCUCAGCCCAUGAAAGCGAUCGAGAUGUUUAGCGGAAACGAGGGUGGAGUCGAGGUCCCGCCCCUCAUACCGCAAGUUCCUAUUGGCCAAGAAGACCCACCACAGACUGGAGAUGUCAGUAGAAGACCACGGACCGGUCGGCGUUCUGCUCGGCCUCCCAGCGCUCGGCCAGCACCCCCGAGGGUGAGAGAGCGUCGAGAGAUCCCUAAAGAGGAGCUUCAGCGGCCCCCCACUAGCAAGCCAGUGGCCAAUGUGAUUCUAGCCUCCAGUGAUGCAGGAAAUGAGGACGAAGAUGACAACUUUACCGUGGAGGAGUCAAAACCUAUGUUUGAGGAGGACCCGAUACCCCUGGACCCCAUGGGAGCCAGUGGGUCAGCAGUGGCAGCAGCAGCGGCAGCGGUUGGGGAAGAUGGCGAUGGAGCGGGUCUUUUAGUGGCGCAGAUCCUGGAGUCAAAGAAGGAGCUUGAGGAUGGCAGACGUAAUGCUUAUUCCCCUGAGACGCCCGGUCAUCGACGAGUACAAAUUGAAAAGUCACAGUUGAGUGAUGCUAACCGAAGGAAAGAGAGGGAGAUCAUCCAAAAGGAUGUGCAGAAACUGGUGGGCUCCAUCCAGUCAAUCACCAGAUCUGUUAAUCCUUUGGCAAAAAUGUUAGACUACCUACAAGAAGACUUAGAUUCAAUGCAGAAAGAAUUAGAAACUUGGAGAAAUGAGAACAAGCUGCUCGCUCAAACCCUCAAGCGAGAGCAGAGUUUAACUGAUCAAGCACUUGAACCCCUGAAAAGUCAACUGGCAGAACUAGAAACAGCAGUCCAGGAUCAGAGGGACAAGCUUUCUGCUAUCAAAUCCAACAUCCUGCGCAACAAUGACAAGAUCUCACGUAUGAUGACCGGCAUUAACCAGAAUGUUUGAUCUUCGUGUUUACAGAAGGGUUUACUUUAGACUGUGUGAUGAAGGGAAUUUGGCUAGGGAGAGAGAAUGAGUGAGAGAAGUAGAGAACAAGAGAACUAGAGAGU